UGCGAAGCGAGGAGUCGCCAGCAGACCGGAGCGAGCAGCCAUAACGUUAGGCGGCCAAGAUGAAGACGGCGGAGAGAAAGUUGCGGCUUGUGUUUCGGGUGCUGCGCAUCCUGAGCGGGACGCUGAUGCUGUCCGGCCUGCUGUACCAGGCGGGCGGCACGCUGGUCUCGUUCCUCCGCCACCCGACCGUGGUGGACGUGCUGAUCGAGAGCACGCAGACGCUGCGCUUUCCCGGGAUCUCCGUCUGCGUCACCAACUGGAUCAAGAAGGAUAAGCUGUGCGAGCGGUACCCGAUCUUCUGCAACCUCACGGAGGACAAGGUCCCGGAGCUUCGCCGAGUGCUUGACCAGGACGGGAACCUGGGCGAGAUUGCGCUCGACGCCACCGACGUCAUCCAGACUACCAUCGAGGAUCCCACGCUCUACUACUACAAGUUCAUCCUGGAGGACAAGCAGAUCGUGCAGUCCUUCUCGCGGCUACCCAAGUACAUGUGCUACACGCUCAACUGGAAAGGAAACCAGGAGAUGUCCGCCUACCACGAGUACCCGCCGCUCUUCGACUUCAGCAUGUUCAUCACGUGGAAGAUCAGCCGGCUGGUGUCGCUGGACCGGUACGUGGCCGACGUGGGAUUCCACCACGUGGACAGCCUGGACGCCGGCGCUAAGCACACCGUCAUUCUCGAACCGAACGGAAACUACGAGUACAGCAUCGAGCAGAAAGGCAGCAUUGCUCUACCGGCUCCGUACGACACGAACUGCGUGGACUACAAAAUGUUUGGCAAGCAUCCGUUUUACCCGGCCUACAUGACUCAAACGCUCUGCAUGGAAGAGUGCCGUAUGAACAUCACGUUCCGAAACUGCGGCUGCAUCAUGAAGACGUACCCUUUCCGUAACAAGCUCGACGAAGUCAUGUGCGACGACGCGCAGACGGCUGAUUGCGUCCUCAAGAGAAGCAAAGCCAUCUACGACCGGGUCUGCAGAGAAGCGUGCAGGAAUCCUUGCGAGGAAACUACCUACGACAUCACUUUGGGCUACCAGGGCAGGGAGAGCGGAGUUCCAUUCAACGGGUACUACUACCUGAACAUGAAGCUCACCAUCCCAGUCCGCUACGUUGCCAUACUGAAGACCAUCCCAAUGCACACGUCGUCAACCGUGUUGGCGGUGAUCGGUGGCUACCUGGGUUUCUGGCUGGGCUUGUCCAUGUACAGCGGCGUCACCAAGAUACUCCUCCACGUCCAGGCCGUCAUUGCGAAACGGAUGAAGGACCGCCUCACCAGGGCCAGCCUGGCCUGCCUGUUCCGGACCCUGCGGCUGGUGUGCCAGGCGGUGUGCGCCGCCUUCUGCGUGAUGCAGGCGCGCACCGACAUCCUGCAGUACGAGUCGUACCCGACCGCCGUGAUGUACGGCUACGACCGCAUGGCCGGCAUCCACUUCCCGGCCGUCACGCUGUGCAUGGAGAAAGGAUCAUGA